UGUCUUUCUCUCUCAUCACACUCUACCAUCUCAGUCAAUCAGAAACCAGACAGCACACAGCAUGGAGCUCUCUCCUGUGGGCCUGCUGCUUGUGCUGAUGUUGUGUUCCUACUCUGAACAUGCUGCAGGGCAAGGGACUUCCAAAGCUGUUCUGGUGCUGGAUCCUGUCCAAACACAGUUCUACACUGGAGAGUCUGUCACUCUCAGAUGCAGCAUAGAGGGACAGGGCACGUCAGGGUGGAAGUUCAGCUGGUACAGAGAUGGUAGUCAUGUUUACCCACCAGAAGUCUGGAGUGACAAGAAUGGAUACGCAAUACAGACUCUGCAUGAGUCCCAUAGUGGUGACUACACCUGCAUUGGUCUCAAAAAUAACAUAGAAUACAGCAAACGGAGUGAGAAAGUGAAACUGCAAGUGUCUGCCCUGCCCACUGCUAGAGUGACCGUAAAGCCAGACACUCCUGUGUUCACUGGAGAGGAAGUCACUCUGAAGUGUGAGAUUGAGCCUGAGAGUGUCUGGACGUAUAAGUGGUUUAAAGGUUCCAGCAGUGGUCAUCUCUCUCAGCCUGACACCAGCACACUGACCAUCAGAGCAGCAGCCAAGUUUGAUGAGAAUCAUUACUGGUGUCAGGGAGAGAUAAGAGGCAGAGCUGUGUCAUCACACAUGAGUGGAAGUGUUUAUGUUUUUGUUAAAGAGAGACCCAAGGCUGCAGUGACCCUGACUCCUGCCAGUAGAGACGUAUUCAGAGGAGACUCUGUUACCCUCAGAUGUGACAUACCAGAAGGAAGAAACACUGACUGGGACUACAGCUGGUAUUUCAACAGAAACCCAUUCUCUCCUGUAGCCUCCAGUCAGGAGCACAGCAUCAGUUCUGCUGAAUAUCACCACUCUGGUGACUACACCUGCAGAGGGGUACAGAGACGCACCACUCAGAGUUCAGACAUCAGUGAUUUGGUCACUUUAACUGUGUCAGAGCGACCCAAAGCUGUUGUGUUCCUGAGCCCCAGCUGGUCUCCAGUAUUCAGUGGAGAGAGCGUCACUCUCACCUGCAGCAUACAGGGAGAGUCCCCAUCAGACUGGAGACACAGCUGGUACAGAGGAGGGCAGCAGGUUCACCCACAGAGAGGCUGGAGUGCCAGCAAUGAAUACAGACUGCAGUCUGUGCAGGAGGCCCACAGGGGGGUCUACAGCUGCCAAGGAAGCAGAAGAAGAGAUGAGAGGGUGUCUUCAAAGAGUGAUGAUCUAACUCUUACUGUUUCAAAGAGAACCAAGGCUGCAGUGACCCUGACUCCAGUGACUGCCAGUAGAGACGUAUUCAGAGGAGACUCUGUUACCCUCAGAUGUGACAUACCAGAGGGAAGAAACACUGACUGGGACUACAGCUGGUAUUUCAACAGAUACCCAAUCUCUCCUGUAGCCUCCAGUCAGGAGCACAGCAUCAGUUCUGCUGAAUAUCACCACUCUGGUGACUACACCUGCAGAGGGGUACAGAGACGCACCACUCAGAGUUCAGACAUCAGUGAUUUGGUCACUUUAACUGUGUCAGCCCGGCCUGCAGCUACACUGACUGUGACUCCACAGAGUCCUGUAUUCACUGGAGAGUCAGUCACCCUGAGUUGUGACAUAAAGUCUUACAGUGGCUGGACAUAUAAGUGGUUUAAAGACAAGAGUAACAAAGUUGUGUCUACUGGAAGCACAUUUACUCUAAAAGAAGUUAGUGAGUCUCAUUGUGGUGAAUACUGGUGUCAAGGAGAGAGGAGAGAAAGACCAACCUCAUCACAAAGUAGCAGCAAAACAACGAUUGAAGUCAAAGCACCAAAGCCCAAACUCACAUUAAGUCCAGGCCACCAGCUCAGCACAGGAGAGUCAGUGACUCUGAGAUGUGAGUUGGGUGUUCCCUCUGGUUUGGUGUUCUACUGGUACAGACACACACAGACCUCUGAUCCUGUGGCCCAGACUGAUGGAAACUCCUACAAUAUCAGCUCUGGUAAAGUCUCUGAUGGAGGACAGUACUGGUGCAGAGCUGGGAGAGGAGACCCUAUACUCAUCUAUACUCAAUAUAGUGAUGUGGCUGAGAUAAAGUUUACAGAUGGAGAUGUGAUCCUGGAGAGUCCUGUCCAUCCUGUGACUGAGGGAGAUCCUCUGACUCUGCACUGUAGAUAUCGCCAUCAGCCUUCAAACAUCAGUGCUGACUUCUAUAAAGAUGGGACACACCUGCAGACCUCCACCAAAGGAGAGAUGACCAUCCCUGCAGUCUCAAAGUCACAUGAAGGCCUCUAUAAGUGCAGGAACCCAGAGAGAGGAGAGUCACCAGAGAGCUGGGUCACAGUCAGAGUUUCAGAUGCUGGAUCCUCCAUGUUGGUGGUAGCAGUGGGUGUGGUGAUGGGACUGCUUGUUGCCUUUGCUCUGGUCAUUUCACUGGUCCUGCUGCAUCGUUCCUUCAAAGUUAAAGGUUCUGGUACAAUGAAGCGAAACCCAUUCCUGUGCCCUUUUAGAGACCAGAAACAUCAGACCACUGAACACAAUUCAGAUCCAGACCAGAGGACCAAUCAGAUUUCAGAUCAAGACCAGAGGACCAAUCAGAGUUCAAAACAAGAUCAGAGUCAGUCUGCAGGAAGACAGGGUGCUCAGUCAGAGUAUAUGCCUCUGCAAAAAAGAUGUACAGAUGACUAUGAAACCCUCACACCCUUGUAUAUGCCACUGCAGAAAGGAGCUACAGAUGUCUAUGAAACAAUUAAAUCAUCCAAGGACUAUCAAGAAGAUUAUGAGGAGGGAUAUGACGAUGUGGAUGUCACUGAUAUUUGAGAAAAUGAAAAAUAUGUAACUUGAACAGUGAGAGGGAGAGAAAUAGAGGUAAGGACAUAAAAUGUCCACUGAAUAUUUGAAAGUUGAAUGAUGCAUGGUUCACUGGAUGAGGAAUUAUAAAAGAAGUAUGAUGUAAGUUAUGCCAGUAUCAUAAACAUGCUAAUUACCAACCACUUUGUUCGAAAAUUCUUAAAACAACAAUGUUUUUUAAUACUUCAAAAU